AUGAACGUUGAAAAACCGACGGUUCUGCGACGACCUGUGGUGAAAGCAAAGCUCGCCGUGGCAUGGUUGCUUAGUUUGGGGAAAAGUCUCCUUGCCACUCCAGCAUAUUCACUGCCUCAGUACCCUGCACACUGGGCCCUGCCGUCUCAGACGUCGGACGGUAUGGCGACCGGUGAGAGGCGAUCAAAUCUCAGACUGUGUACUUACAACGCGAGAACAGUUUCCACAGACGCUGACCUGCAUGCCCUUCUCGGAGCUGCAGAGGGUAUCAAAUUUCACGUAAUUGCUCUGCAGGAGACCAAGUGCAGAAGGAGCGACGUACGACAGAUGAAUGACGGUACACUCGUCAUUCGUGGAGAUAAGGUUCCGUCGCGAAAUUUAGGCAGUGUUGGUUUCGUUGUGCACCCAUCUGUCGUCCAUCUCGUCGAUUCUCACGAGAUCCUGUCACCUCGUCUGGCCAUUCUUCGCCUCCACCCUCUGCGCCAAAAAUCCAUCAGUAUCAUGAACUGCUACUCGCCAACAUCAGCAGCUGAUGAUUCCGAAUUGGAAGCGUUUUACGAGGAGCUGGAGGAAGUAGUCCGCAACGAGAAGUCCUAUUACAAAUUCGUUGUCGGAGAUUUCAACGCAAAACUAGGAAAGGCUACAGAAGAGGAAUACAGGAUUGGAAGAUUUAGACUAGGGGACCGGAAUGAAAAUGGCAAUCGUCUCGCCGGGUUGUUGUCCGCCGCUCGCCUCUUUCAUGGGAACUCUCUUUUCAUGAAAAAAGAUCAUCGUCGGUGGACAUGGGAAUCACCCAAUGGCGCGAUUCGUGCGGAGAUCGACCACAUACUCACCAACCGGAGGUGGUGUCUUCUUGACGUCUCAGUAGUACCAUCCUUUUGUAGUGGUUCUAAUCAUCGUCUCCUUCGUGCGAAAAUACGGCUUAGCCACUCGAUGGAAAAGAACGUCUGCUAUCGGCAACGAAGGAGAAAAGAAGUCGUCUUCGUCAAUUGCGUACCCGAGGGCUCCCUGUCCCAAGGUGACUGGCACAUCGAGGAGGACCCAAACGUGGACUACGUGAUGCUGCUCAGAGGAUUACGAGCCUGUGCUGAACGUGCCUCGAAGUCGCGCACGACAAACUUGGAUCGAAUUUCGAAGACCACCAAGGAAUUGUUGGGAAGAAGAAUGGCUUUGAAGCUUGAUCUGAAUGCAUCGCACAUUGAGCGGUUAGUAGCAAACACUAGCUGCAGAAAAGCGUUGCAGGAGGAUCUUUUGAAGUACAGGCAGAAGAAGAUUCUAGAAGCAGCACAAAGAAGAAAGAAGAAGUGCCGCAGGGAUCUCCGCGAAUAUAAUAUUCCGCUAGCAACCUUGCUGAGCGAAGAAGGGACUCGCACGUCUUCUCGUCGUGAGAUGGAAAUCAUUACGGAGAGGUUCUACUCGAACCUUUUCCGUUCAUCAACUCCUGUGUCAAGCCCAAUCAUCCCUACUGGCGAAGCUCCACCACGGAUUCUCUCUUCGGAAGUACGAGUCGCUAUCAACAGCAUGAAACCUGGCACAGCCCCCGGACCUGAUUUUAUAUCAGCAGACUUUCUUCGGGCUGGUGGCCAUCCGCUUCAUGUAAUCUUAGCAGCGCACAUGACAUCCUAUCUUCAGAAAGAAAGGAACCCAGACCAGUGGAAGACCUCACGAACCGUUCUUAUCCAUAAGAAAGGUGACCGAGAGGACCUUCGGAACUACCGUCCGGUAUCCUUGCUGAGCGUGUUAUACAAGUAUUCACCAAGAUCAUCCUCACGCGCAUAUCUAGGACGCUGA